AUGCGUGGUGGGUACUUUUUCCGACAUGCAAAGAGCCACAUAUUUGCAUAGUUUCAUCCUGUAACCUUGAGUUUUAACUGUCGCAUUGUGUGUUUUAUUUGUGCCUGUGCUUCCCUGUGAGUAUAUGGCAGCGCCCAGUCAUGACAUUUAACUGACAAAUAAGAUCCACUGGGAACCACCCCAACGCAGCUCAUGUUUUAUGGCACGAAUCGCGAUAGAAAUAAAAUAUUGAUUUAAUUUGUUCAUUUGUUCACCGUCUGGCUGUUCACAUAAACAAUGACGCUUGUUUAGCUUGUUUGCUAGCAGUCUGUUAGCGUCUCGCCGCUGUCAUGUCCGAGAAUGGUUCUGACAGCUCGUUGGAACUCAAGGGGAAUCUUUCCAAUGAGAGGACUACAACCAGUCAUACAACAAUGAGAGGGGCACCUCGGAAGGCGAGAAAAAGGGAACCAAGAAAGACGACCACAAAGGAAGUCAGCCCAGACAAAGUUUCUGCUACAAAGGAAUCAAGCGCCGUGUCAGGCUUUGACAUGGGUGUCCACACUGCGAGUUCCCUGCCAAGUACUCCAAAGAGACGCAAGGGGCAAAGAGGACAGCAAGCGGAAGCCUCCCUGACUUCCACGCCAGUCCACAGCUCCUCCACGGACAUCCUGUCCAACAUUACAGGCUCCCCCCCAGAAGUAAAACCCUUGGACUUGGGAUACACGGAAAUCAUUACUCAGUUAAAGACGGCAGCGGUCGAUUCACCAAGCUCCAAGGCAAAAUCUUCAAGCAGACAUAAGAGGGUUCGUGAAUCCCAUCCAAGACAAGUUAGACAAAGGAUGCCAAAGGAAAAAACCCACAUUACAACAAACGGUCCUCCAGCCAAGUCCCGGCGGGGCAGGAAGCCCAAGACUGAAACUGGGAAAUCGAAACAUGAUCCCAGCAGUGCAUCUUCCGAACGCUCCAGACCGAGAUUUGAACUGGCAAAGCCUGUUUCAGAAGAAGAGACUGCGCUGUCGUCAGAUCUGUCAAUAGAGCUGAGUCGUGAUGACGAACAGCUACCACCAUUGUCCUUCCAGACAUAUGAAGAAAGCGAUGAGGAGGAGGAGGAGGAAGAGCUCCCAAGUUUCUUGAUGCAGGUGGACAAAAAGCCCCCAUCUAUAAUUGAAGGAGUGUUUGUGUGGUGCAAGUUCAGACAAUAUCCGUUCUGGCCUGCAUGGGUUAAAAAUGUGUAUCGUAAGCAGAAAAAAGCCAGCAUUGUGUUCAUUGAUGGCACAAAUAUUCAACAAAAGAAAGGUAUUACUGUGGGUCUGAAAUCCUUGAAGCCCUUUGAUUGUGAAGAAGCCAGUGAGCUGAUGCGUCAAGCCAAAGAAGAGUAUGAGGCUACAAUUAAUUGGGCCUCGGAACUCAUAGAUGAUUACAUGUUCCGGAUUGCAUGUGGCUCAUUUUCUGGCUCCUUCAUCAAGUAUUUUGAUCAUCAUAUGAGCUAUCCAGUGAGGAAGAAGUAUUCACAGGCUGCCUCAGAGGGACUAACCAUUGCCAGCGACACGACAGAGGAUGCAUGUGACGAUCAUCGGGACGGCAGCUUUAGUGAACAGCAGGAAGACAUCAGGAGUUCAAAGAGGCUGCUCCCGGACCGGACACAUGCUGCACACAACCGGGCUAAUGAAAAGCUCGUACAUUUUAUCGUCAAGCAACGCAUGGUGGAGGGACACCUCCUGGCUGUGAUUCAUGGGCAGCAGCAGUCCAGGUGGCUUCAUUCCUUUCUGAGUGCCAAACAGAGACGGAUCGUGAACAUAUAUUUGGAGGAUGACCACCAGUUGGACCAGGUCUACCUGUACCUGAAUGAGCUCUAUGAAACGGCUGUGGCCAGCGCCCCCUGCCAGAAUGAGGUGACGUUCAUGGAGCGCGUUCCUUUCAUUUUGGAUGUGCUUCUUCCUGAGGCCAUCAUCAAUGCCAUUGCUGGAGUGGAUAAUGUUUCCAUAAAAAAGGCAGAGGAAAAGUACCUGAAAGGACGACGUGUGAGCAACAGAGAACGUGAAGAGUUUGACUUGAUGAUUGAGCGGCAGAUAAGAGAGAGAUUUCAGCAUCAGAAAACGAAAUCUUUGUUAGUGUCUGAUCCUGUUGGUUAGAAGACUAGGGAUCGCAAAGAUGAUUCACUUUGUACUUCAGCAAAAUUUUGUUGUGUGCCUUGCAACUAUAAAUCGCACUGCUCUGAUUCAGGUAAUAUCUUCUAAGCUUGCAACUUUGGAUUGACUGCUGGUUUUGAAAUGUAAACAUGUAAACAAAUGUAAACAAUCUUGUCUGUACCCUAACUAACUUGCUGUUAGUUUGCAGUUGUCACAAUAUAAGCUGCCUAAUAUCUCUCGGAGCUCAUGUGAACCUAUUGUCUGUGUAUGCCUUUGAGUUACUUGGAGAAAUAAAUGUUUUAUAAACCUUUA